AUGCCCAUCGACUAUUCCAAGUGGAAAGAGAUCGAAGUGUCCGAUGAUGAAGACGACACUCAUCCAAACAUCGACACGCCGUCACUGUUCAGGCAAGCGUUUCUGGAAACUAUACAGUCACAGGGGACUGCACAUGUCCAAUGGCGCCACCAAGCUCGUCUUGAGAGGAUGGCAGAGAAAAAACAGAAGAAGGAGGAGAUAGAGAAGAAUAAGUCCACGAGUAACAGUAAAAUUGAGGCAAUUCUGAUUUACACUUUGUACACUCUUAAAGCAUCUCUUAUCGUCACUUCUCCAGAAGUGAUGACCUGGCAAGACUUAGAGCAAGAACGUCUUGAACCCUGGAAUGUGGACACGAUUGGUCAUGAGGCGUUCAGUUCUUCACGUAUUAAUAAAGUUGGUGAAAAGAAGCCUCCACCUAAAAUUUCAGAUGAGGAAGAUACCAAAAGAAUGACCAACUUUUUCGACCAGAACGAAAGUCUUAUUCAAGAGUAUGGAAAACUUAAUUCGCUGGAAGAGUCCGAGGAGUUCAUUCUCGAGCAUCCUCAUCUUGCCAGUGAAUAUACUGCCAACUACCUUACAAUUGAUGCAUUGAAUUUGGCAAUCGAACACAAGGAAGCUGAAAUGAGCAACAUUGCCAGACAAUGUAUUAUCAUACAGUAUCUGCUAGAGCUUGCAAAGAAUAUGAAUGCUAUUCCAACGAAUGUGAACAUCAUUAAAGCUUUCUUUAAGAAGUUCCGAAGUGCUGACCCGCAGUAUCUAAAGCUAUACACAGACGAAGUGGCCGCGUUUGAAGAGAGACUGAUUCGACGAGCAAAAGAGAAAAGAGACGCUGCUUUAGCUGAGUACGAAGCUGAGGAGAAGGAAAAGCGCAUCGCAGCAGCUCCAGGCGGACUUGAUCCACAAGAAGUGUACGAAUCGUUACCUGAGGAGAUGCGUGCUGCUUUUGAUAGCCAAGAGGUAUCAAAGCUACAGGAGGUGGCGUUAACAAUGGAUCGGGAGGUUUGCAUCUCUUUUUUUCGUUUGUUUGUUUGCUUUCCACCGUUUUUUUAA